AUGGCGAUAUUGAACUUCACUCUGAGCGAGGAAGGCGUCACUGCUCUCCGGGAUGCCCUCAUCUGCCUCAGCAAGUUUAGUGACGAUGUUUCGCUCGAAGCUCGCAAAGACUCGUUCACAUUGACCACGCUCAAUAUCACCAAGUCAGCUUAUGCGAGCUUCAAGUUCGGGCCCGGCCAGUUUUUCUCGCGGUACUCUUUUCAAGGAACGGGGCCGUAUCGCGAGAAGUUCUACUGCACGCUCUUCAUCAGGUCGCUCAUCUCCAUCUUUCGAAGUCGCACCAGCGUGGACACGCAGCGCGACGUCGAGAGGCACACGGUCAUCGAAAAGUGUGACGUGGCGAUCGAGGACGGCGAAGGAAUUUCCAGUCGCUUCAUUGCGCGAAUCGUCUUCAGGAAUGGCCUCACCAGCACGCAUCGCCUGCCCUUUGAGGUCGCGGUGCCGGUGCACGCAAAGUUCAAUAAGACUGACUCUCCGCACCAUUGGGUCAUUGCCUCACGGACACUGCGCCAGCUCAUGGACCACUUUGGACCGGGCAUCGAUUUGCUGGACAUUAACACAGAUGGGGACCAUGUGAAUUUUACGUGCUUCAGCGAGAAGACAGUCUCAGAGGAUGCUGUUCUCAAGAAGCCACUGCAGACGUCCAUUGCCGUCGAAGCUGACGAGUUCGAUGACAUCGAUGUUGAAGACAAGCUGCAUAUUGUUAUUUCCGUCAAAGACUUCCGAGCAAUCAUACAGCAUGCUGGAAUCACCGGGAACGUCAUCUCAGCCCGUUACUCACUCCCAGCCCGCCCGAUCCAGUUCUCCUACGGCGGGGAGGCUAUCAGCUGUGAAUUUCUGGUCAUGACUGUCGGCGAGCGUGGCAGCAAUACCUCGCACAAAACGAAAAAGGGACGCAAAAAUCAACCACCGAGCAAUGCUCCCCGUCUUGAAGCUGCUUCUCGUAGGACCAGUGUAGCUCCCUCGGAGGCGCCAGGCCAGGACGCUCAGCAAAUGCCCCCUCCACCACCGGCUUCAAGGAGACCGCCGAAUUUGACACCUCAGAUGUCGGCUCCUCGUGCAAGUGCUUCUCGUCUCGGUGCGUUCGACCUCCGCCCGACUCAACAAGCACCCCCACCAGCGACGCACAACUCGGAAAGCCUCUUCGUAGAUGACGAAAGCUGGGAGCCAAUGAGAGACGAAGAUGAAGAGGAAGAUAACGCCAGGUUGGAAUGGGAUCACAGUGCUGAAACGAACCCGGCCGAGUUGCGAAUAAAGAGUAUGAUGGAUCAAACCGCUCAGCCAGCCCCCGACGCGAAUGCCGAAGACGCCGCAAACGCAAAUCUCGAGUCGCAGGCCCUUGAGCCGACCCAGAACAUGUCGGAGGUCCAGAAUCUGGCUUUGUUCCCUGACUGA